AUGAGUCAACCACCUUCCAUAGUGAACUCGACCUCCUUUCAAGAAACCGGAAUCAUUCCUCCUCCACCUCCAUUGAGCUCUCUCACUAACAUCAACUGGAAUGCUCGGAACAAGAAAUUUAAAUUGGAUACAAGUAUUCGGGAAUUUGAUGAGAGAAAAAUUUCAAAACACCCUCUCAUCAAGAAACGAUUGCAAAUACAACCCUAUUUACAUUACAAUUUGAACCGAAAUUUUACAAUCAUUACAUAUAUGGAUGAAAGUAAUGAAUUCACGAAAUGUCCAACGUUGAUUAGUUUUGGAGGUCCGCAUGUUAGGGAUAAGACGAUCUAUUACUUGGAAUUGGAUCCUCCCAAAACAAGAGUAGAUUCAGAAAAUGACAAUUAUCAAGUAGAACAUGAGUGGAAGGAAUUAGAAACUGUGGCAAAUCCAUAUGGAGAGUAUUUCAAAAAUAAUAUGUUACAAAUUCAAAAUGGGAGCAUGAUCUAUUCGAAAAAGCUCCAAAAAUUAAUUGUUUUCCAAAGUGGAAGUCAAUAUUUUAAAUUUUACUUUUUAUGCUUAAAAAAUCGUACUUGGAUUAAGAAACGCUUUUGUUAUCCAAAUUUAAGUUAUUGUUGGGAUGUAUUAUUGACAAAAUAUGAUGAAGAUGGAAGCAAAGGUUUAGUAGUUACACGCUCUUUCAUGUCAGUCUUAAUUGUUGACUUGGAAGAGCUGUUUAGUACCAACAAUGAGAAUUAUUUGAUCACUUUGCCAGCAAUAGCAGAAGCCAAAACUGUUGCUACUGUAGCCUCAAGAAUGAUCGUUCCAUUACCAACACAACACCAAAUACUGGUCGUGGGAUCUUCGAGCAGUUGUACAAAAUUCAAAGAAGAGGCACGAGUAAUUAGUGUUGACUUAACAACGAACACCAACUCAACCACUGACAUUAGUGAAGGUAUGCAGAUGUAUAAUCAACAUCAUUCUGCUUGCGCAUAUCCUUUCGAACAGAAAACGUCCUCGACAUCAGGAGCACAAGUAUUGAUUACACUACUUGGAAACCAUGGCCAUUUGUUUUUCGAAUAUGACACACAAACAAAAAAGUCAACUUUUCUGUCUCAUAAUCCAUUACCGAUCCAAUUGGAGCACCAUGCAUUUUUCCCUCCGUUCCUUUGCACAUAUCGAAACAGACGAAACGAGAGAUGUGCAGUGUAUAUUCCAAACCUUGAUAUUUUGUACAAAAUCAAAUUAGACUAUGACAAGCCAGAGAAUGCAUUUCCAUAUUUGAAAAAGCAAUUGCUGGAACAUGAAAUGUUUAAGGACAUUGCAAUAUUGCACAAAUAA